UGCUUGCCCCGCCCCCUGGCGCCGCAGCUGGGCGCUUGCGCGGGGCGCGUGGCCGUGGCCGGGGUCUCCGUUGCAGCCGCUGCCGCCGCUGCCGCCGCCGCUGCCGCCUCAGUCAGUCCCCAGCAAUGGCGGAAGGAGGUGAGCGAGAGGAGCUGCUCUCGCCGCUGCCGAUCUCUCCGGCUAAGCGCCUGUGCUCGUGGCCCAGCCCGCAGGCUCACCACCCUCGCGGGUCGCCUGGGGCGGCCAGCGGCGGGAUGGGGGGCGUCGGCGGCAGCUGCCUGUCCCCCGGGGCCCGCCCCCACCUGCAGCCCGAGCCCUUGCUGGACUGCGCCGCCAAGGUAGUGGCGGAAAAGUGGGCGUACGAGCGUGUGGAGGAGCGCUUCGAGCGGAUCCCGGAGCCCGUGCAGCGCCGCAUCGUCUACUGGUCCUUCCCGCGGAAUGAGCGGGAGAUCUGCAUGUACUCCAGCUUCCAGUACCGGGGCGGCCCCGGAGCCGGGGCGGCUAGCGGCACCGUGGUGGCUUCCGCGGCCGAGGAGGGGCCGCCACCCCCCCCCGGGGCCGCCGCUCCGGCCGGCUCCUCCCCCGGGGCCGCUGUGGCGGGGGCGUCCCCCGCGCUGGGCUCGGGGGUCGGAGCGGCAGUUAGUGGCUGUGAGGGGCUGCCGUUCCGCCGGGGCAUCCGUCUGCUGGACAGCGGCUCCGUGGAGAACGUGCUGCAAGUCGGCUUCCAUCUCAGUGGCACAGUAACUGAGCCAGCUAGUACUUCUGAACCAGCAGUGACUUACAAAGUUGCAAUCAGUUUUGAUCGAUGCAAAAUUACUUCAGUGACAUGCGGCUGUGGGAACAAAGACAUAUUCUACUGUGCCCAUGUGGUAGCCCUCUCACUCUACAGGAUCCGUAAACCAGACCAAGUCAAAUUACGUCUUCCUAUCUCAGAAACCCUUUUCCAGAUGAAUAGGGACCAACUACAAAAGUUCAUUCAAUAUUUAAUCACUGCACACCAUACUGAAGUUCUUCCUACUGCACAGAAACUGGCAGAUGAGAUUCUAUCCUCCAACUCAGAAAUUAACCAAAUGAACGGCGCCCCUGACCCCACAGCUGGGGCCAGCAUUGAUGAUGAGAACUGUUGGCAUUUGGAUGAAGAGCAGGUGAAAGAACAGGUGAAGCUCUUUCUUUCCCAGGGUGGUUACUAUGGCUCUGGAAAGCAACUCAAUUCAAUGUUUGCCAAGGUUCGAGAGAUGCUGCGGAUGAGAGAUUCCAAUGGAGCCAGGAUGCUGACGCUAAUUACUGAGCAGUUUAUGGCUGACCCACGUCUCACACUCUGGAGGCAGCAAGGAACAAGCAUGACAGAUAAGUGCAGGCAGCUCUGGGAUGAGCUAGGGGCCUUAUGGGUCUGCAUCAUUUUAAAUCCACAUUGCAAACUAGAGGAAAAAUCCUGUUGGCUACAGCAACUGCAGAAAUGGAGCGACCUGGAUGUUUGUCCCCUGGAGGAUGGGAACAACGGGCAUGAGCUGCCCAACAUCACCAAUGCACUGCCCCAGAAUGUUAAUCACAGCCCAGACUCCUUAUCCAGACCAAGACGAACAGUAUUCACCAGAGCCAUCGAAGGCCGUGAAUUGCAUUGGCAAGACAGCCAUUUACAGCGAAUAGUCAGCAGCGAUAUAUACACAGCUCCUGCCUGCCAGCGGGAAGGCGAACAGCUACUCUUUAGUGCCCAAGGCCAGCCACUGUGGCUUGAGCAUGUGCCUACAGCCUGUGCUCGGGUUGAUGCCCUGCGUUCCCAUGGUUAUCCAAAAGAGGCCCUCAGACUCACAGUGGCCAUUAUCAAUACUCUGCGAUUGCAGCAGCAACAGCAGCUGGAAAUCUACAAGCAUCAGAAGAAAGAACUGCUGCAGAGAGGAACCACAACCAUUACAAACCUGGAAGGCUGGGUGGGCCACCCACUAGACCCCAUUGGUUGCCUGUUUCUCACUUUGACUGAGGCCUGCCGUCUGAAUGAUGAUGGCUAUCUGGAAGUGUCAGAUAUAAGUGAAAGCAGACCUCCUGUGUACCAUCAUGUACCUGUAACUGCAGGCUGCUCAAGUAGCAAUGAGUCCUACCUGUCAUUGGCUCUGGAAGUUGCUCUGAUGGGGAUGGGUCAACAGAGGGUGAUGCCUGAAGGCCUCUAUGCCCAGGACAAGGUGUGCCGUAAUGAGGAGCAGCUCCUGAGUCGACUCCAGGAGCUGCAGCUGGAUGAAGAGCUGGUGCGAACACUGCAGAAACAGUGCAUCUUACUACUAGAAGGAGGCCCCUUCAGUGGCCUGGGAGAAGUCAUUCACCGAGAGAGUGUUCCCAUGCAUACCUUUGCCAAGUAUUUGUUCUCUGCUCUGCUGCCUCAUGAUCCAGACCUGUCCUAUAAAUUAGCCUUACGUGCCAUGAGGUUACCUGUUCUAGAAAAUUCAACUUCUGCAGGCGACACUUCCCACCCUCACCAUAUGGUGUCUGUGGUACCUAGCCGUUAUCCUCGCUGGUUCACGCUUGGACACUUGGAAUCACAGCAGUGUGAAUUGGCCUCCACAAUGCUGACUGCUGCCAAAGGGGACACUCUAAGGCUGCAAACAAUCCUGGGAGCAAUACAAAAGCACAUCCAUUCUUCCUCUCUUAUCUUCAAACUGGCCCAAGAUGCAUUCAAGAUUGCUACUCCCACUGACAGUAGUACUGACAGCACUCUGCUCAACGUGGCCCUGGAGCUGGGAUUACAGGUGAUGAGGAUGACCUUAUCAACCCUUAACUGGAGGCGCCGGGAGAUGGUGCGGUGGCUGGUGACAUGUGCUACAGAAGUGGGUGUGCGGGCCCUGGUGAACAUCUUGCAGAGCUGGUACACACUCUUCACCCCCACCGAGGCUACUAGCAUUGUGGCUGCCACAGCCGUAUCCCACACCACUAUCUUGCGCCUCAGUCUUGACUAUCCACAGCGGGAGGAGCUGGCUAGCUGUGCUCGCACGCUGGCCCUGCAGUGUGCUAUGAAGGAUCCACAGAGUUGUGCCCUGUCAGCGCUUACACUCUGUGAGAAAGACCACAUCGCCUUUGAAGCAGCCUACCAGAUCGCCAUUGAUGCUGCCACUAGUGGCAUGACCCAUUCGCAGCUGUUCACCAUCGCCCGCUACAUGGAGCUCCGUGGCUACCCGCUACGUGCCUUCAGGCUGGCCUCAAUGGCCAUGAGCCAUCUCAACCUGGCCUACAAUCAGGACACCCAUCCAGCCAUCAAUGACGUGCUCUGGGCGUGUGCCCUCAGCCACUCUCUAGGCAAGAAUGAGCUGGCAGCCCUCAUUCCCCUAGUGGUGAGGAGCGUGCACUGUGCCACAGUCCUUUCAGACAUCCUGCGGCGCUGCACAGUGACCGCGCCUGGCCUAGCUGGCAUCCCAGGCCGCCGCAGUUCUGGAAAACUUAUGUCCACUGACAAAGCCCCACUGCGCCAGCUGCUAGAUGCCACCAUCAAUGCCUAUAUCAAUACUACACACUCGCGCCUGACACACAUCAGCCCUCGCCACUACGGAGAGUUCAUUGAGUUUCUGAGCAAGGCUCGGGAGACCUUCCUGCUGCCCCAGGAUGGCCACCUGCAGUUCGCCCAAUUCAUCGACAACCUCAAACAAAUCUACAAAGGCAAGAAGAAGCUGAUGCUGCUGGUUCGAGAGCGCUUUGGCUGAGAAAGCAGACAGCUCACUGCUGGGGCAGCCUGGGCCCUCACGUACCAUCAGGUCAGGCCAAGGACACUGAAACAUUUGUCUACCCUGAGAGGACUCUGAGCACCUGUGGCUGAAGCCAAAGGACCACAGGGCUAAGCAUGGGGAGAGUCCACCUCUAGCCAAUAUGCCUUCCUUGGCGAGGUUCUCACUAUAGCCCACUGUUCCUAGAGGAGCUGGGCCCUGCAGAUCAAGCCCCACAACAUGCCACCUCACGCCCCUAUGUACUGCGUGUCCUGGGCACUGGCCCUCCCUACCUUGGCAAAUACAGAACACUGUUCCGUCUCAGGGAUUGCUUAACCAGAGAAACAGAAGCAUUUAUGGUACUGUAAAUACUAUAGUAUAUGUGUUGCCAAUUACAUUGUAAAGUUGUAACUAUUUAUAAUUCUGGUUCUAAUUUGAUGGGUACUUGAAGUAGCUGUGGGUGGCAAAAUAGGCUUGUUUUCUGAGGAGACUCAACCAUUUCUCAGGUUUCCCUUGCAGACUGUAUGCUGUUGGCAGUAGAAGAGUGGGGGUGGCAGGGAGGAAAAAUGGCCAAUUAGAAUAAAUCCCAAGUCUAGUCUAUGCAGAAACCCCAGCCUGCAGACGGGGAAUCUAUAGCCUAGUGGAGGGUGAGGGGCAGGGCCAGGACUGGACUUAAAAGACUUUUGCCUCACAAAGCCAUGAGACACUGAAGCUCUUGCUCCUGCUUCACAUGCCUUUCUAGGAGCCUUCUGAGCUCCUAAGAAACAAGUGCAGGGAGAAGGUGGUCUGGGAGGCCACUAAGCUCACAUUCAUCUACUCUGGUCACCUUUGUGUUAGAGAGUGUCUGGUUUUAUCUCUAAUUAUGUAUGUGUUUAUAUAUCUGUAUGGCUAAGUACAUGUGUCUCUGUGUGCAGAGAUACAUCAUACAUACCUGUCUAUAUGGGCACAUGUAUAUUUAUAUACAUCUGUCUUGUCUGUAUCUGUGUUAACAUAUCUUGUGUGCUAGACUGGGGGUUUCUGUGUGAGGAUAUACACCUGUGUGAACAUGUAAGAAUACAUAUCUGUGCAUUCAUGUUCAUCAAUGCAUGUUUAGUGAGUGUGUGUCGGGCACACACAAAUGCUUAUGUAUAAACACUCGUUUGUACCUGUGUAUGCCUGCUCUCCACUGGUCUGUCUUUGUAUGUGUAACUAUAUUUUGACACACAGGUUAUGUCUGAAUUCAUGUUUAAGGAUCUGCAUGAAUGAGUCCCUUCUGUUUUUGCCAGAUCUCUCAUCUUCGUUCCUUAGUCUCUCUCAACAGCUAAACAUGUUCCCCAUCUCUGCAGUUUGUUACCAAACAACCUUCUAAGCACUGUGUUCUUCUCCCCCAAGAGUAGUUCCUUCCACUCCACAGUUCUCAUCUUGCCUUGUACCUGCUUUCUGCCCUUGCCUCUUUACCUCAAGCUUCCUCUACCUGCUUUUUUCACAGUCCCAUUGGUCGCUAAUCUGGAGGCUGGGGCUGGAAUGCAUUGAGCCUUUCCCUUCCUGACUAGUUUCUAGCCCUAAUGGGCACCCCCAUCUUAGCCCUGGCUGACCUCCACAGUGUGUCAUGGCCCUGCUGCUUUCCUGACCCUGUGAUCUGCCUGGCAUUGUUACAGGAGGCAGCAAGGGUGUUCAGAAGAGUCGUUUGGAUGCCAGUGUCUUGGUGUUCACUGUUCCAUGUUUUAGUUCCCGAGUAGAGGGUGGGGUGUGAUAGGGAAGGGGUGGUAUAGCUAAUAGAGUAUGCACUAAGGACCUCUCUGUCUCCUUUGUUUUCCCUUCUUUGACAAACUGUUUGUGACUUUUUUUUCCUCCACACUAACCAGUAAGUUGUAUUUGCUGUUUGUGGCUACUGACGGCUUACUGUCCAGCCAUGGGCCCCUACCUCUUAGCCCAAUAGGUUGGUUUUGAAAAAAAAGCAGCCACUCCCAUUUCUAUAUCACGAUUGCCAUUUUUAGCAAGUGUGUGAACUCGCAGUGCUUUUCUAUGAAUAAAUCAUGGAUCACAGAAAAGAUCAUUUUUCUAAAAUAAGAAACUGUGUUCUCUCAAUAAAUGGGGCCCUUCUCUCUCCUGUAUUGCCCAGGCUGGGACAGGGAGCUGCAUGGGCAAUAGACUGUAGGCUCCUAGUUGUUUAAGGAGAGGUGGAAUGAUGAAGAAUUUUCUGCCACACCCCUCUCCAGAGUUCACAGGCACCGCAGAGCCUUGUCCCAGGAAGUACCACUGUGAUGGGCAGACACAACAAGAUCCUGAGAAAAUUAGAGGGUAUACUCAGAAAAUAAUACAAAGCAAUCCUGAGUGUCAUAGGGCCUUUUGGCUUCAGAGGACUUUGUGAUUCAGUGAUACAAGUCUAAGGCUCUAAUCCUAAGCAACCUAGCUCUGAGUCUUUAUGUCCUCCCCAUAUUUUGGGGUCAGAGCUGAAGGACACUUAGUUUUUCCUGCUCACCUAGGCCCCAUCUUCCUCCAGAACCCUCUCUGAAGUAUUCUAGCUACUUUUGUGCCCCUCUCUGAUCUGUACUCCCCUAUCUCCCCAGACACAAGGUCCUAUCAAUUUGGCCUUGUAUGCUGUGGGGACCUCAUUUCUCUCAAAUGUCACAGCUCUACUGCUAGGGGGCUCUCCCCAGCCCCAUGUAGUUCUGGAGUUUUAGAUCUGAGAGCAAGAUGGUGGUGACAGCCAUGACAGUAAAUCCUAUCGUACAUAUUCAC